AUGCCGAGGCGAGCAAAGCUCCGACGCGCAACCUCCGAACGUGUCAGCCUGGUGCUCGAGCUCACGUCCGAAAUGCAAGAAAUCGUGAAUCACCUGGAGAAGCAGGCUUCCACCCAAGCCGCCGCCAAAAAGCUGGAUUCGCAGUUGCAGUCCUGCAUCAAGCAGACGCGCAGCAAGAGACUAUCCCUGAAGCUGAAAGCAAACCUGGCCAAGGUCCGCUUUUGGGACACCGACGGCAACAGAUUGAUGAAUGCCCCAGCCGAGCUCAGAGGCCGAUUGUGGAUCAUGGGGCAGCAGUGUUGCCUCCUGAUGGAAGCCCGCGACAUCAAGCUGCAAGACUCAUCGCCCCAAGUGUGUCCCCUGUAA